AUGAUCGAUGAUCCUAACAGCGAAGUGGAGCAAAGAAGGAUCACACAGCCCCUACUUCCGGUCACUGGUUACACGGCCUACACAUCCGGCGUGUUUGCUUUGGUCGUCACAGCACAAGUUCCUCGGCCGCGCUCCCUGAGUCCCGGGGCUGCUUCUCCCUCAGACGCGUGUGAAGGCGGACUGGGUUCAGCUGCGGACUCCACGGGAGCCACCGGUCCUGAAAGCGCAGAGCAUGCUUUGUUUGGGGAAACGAAAGCGAAUACUUCUUUCCAAGGGAACCUGGGAAAGGGCAGACGCUCCCACUGCCUCAGGCGUUCCCUGGAGGACCUUCAGUGGCCGCUGUGUGGGCGGGCUAGCGUCACGCUACUGCGCUGGUUCCGGAGCCCUUCCCUUGCCUCUCCCAAGGUCCUUCUCCCAGCGUCGGAGGAAGGCCCGCGGUCUGCGCGUGGAGUGCGGGUGGUGGGAAUCCCUGGGAGGAGUACGAAAUCCUUCAAGUGGGAUUUACCAAAGCCAUUCCUUUCCGCUCGCUUCCGUUCCCGCUUAGCAAACGUGUUGGAAACGGGUUGCUACUGAAAAGAAGUGGUGCUGGGCUGCAUUUUCUGCCGCUAGUCUGCGAGAAACAGCCCUGGCAUGGGCCUCUAUUUCUUCCUGGGAGCAUCCCUCCCUGGGACCUGGGAGUUGAAACUCUCUAGGCAAAAGCAACUGAAGCAGGCCCGGUACUGGACCUCCACGCUGGGUUAAACAAGGUUUUUCAGAAAGUGUCUUACUAGGCUAAAGACCUUGUGCUUCAGAGUGUUUUAAGGGGAGAGGAUGGGGAAAAGGACUGUCUCUAGAAGGUAAAUGUGUAUUGGAAAUGGGGAGUGUGUGUUUACACGGAGUAUCGGGCGUCUUUCUUAUGGGUGGACAUUGUGGAUGAAAAUGAGAGAUUAAGACAGAAUUAGCUGGUCUUUUAAUCCCAAACUGUUCUAAAAAUAAAAACUAUAUCUUCAAGGUGUA